UGUUUUUUCCUCCUCCACCAGGUAUGCCUCCACCUGUAGGGCCUCGUCCAGGAAUGCCUCUUAUGGGACAAGGUCCUCCAGUUACUGCGCAAGGCUUGCUAAGCAGGCCUGCGCAACCUGUGGCAACAGCACCUAAUCCACAGCCCUCCGUCACAAAACCACUGUUUCCCAGUGCAGGACAGAUGGGGACUCAUGUUCCAAGCACAAGUUCAGCUUCAUCCAGUGCAGACACAGUGUCAGCAUCUUCUAAACCUCUGUUUCCUAGCACAGCACAAGCUCAGCAGGCAGUGUCAGGACCAGUUGGUACUGAUUUCAAACCUCUUAAUACGCCUGCAACAUCUGCAGAGCCCCCUAAACCAACAUUCCCAGCAUACACCCAGUCCACAGCUUUGACCACUAAUGCAACAAACAGCACUGUAUCUAAGCCACCAGCUACUGUCACAAGUAAGCCUGCUACCCUCACUACAACGAGUGCAACUAGUAAGUUGAUCCACCCUGAUGAGGAUAUUUCAUUGGAGGAAAGAAGAGCACAGCUGCCUAAAUAUCAACGAAAUUUACCUAGACAAGGGCAGCCACCUAUGGGGGCUCCGCCUGUUGGGCCAAUGGGGGCCAUGAUGCACCCCCAGCAAGGCAUGCCCCCACAGCAGCCUGGAAUGAGACAUCCAAUGCCCCCACAUGGGCAGUAUGGUGGUCCACCCCAGGGAAUGCCAGGCUACAUGCCUGGAGGGAUGCCUCCAUAUGGACAAGGGCAUCCUAUGGUCCCCCCCUUCCAAGGCGGGCCACCCCGACCACCAGUGGGAAUGAGACCUCCUGUAAUGUCGCAAGGAGGUCGAUAUUGAAGCUGAUCCUCCGUCUCUUAAUAGGUUUUUAGAAGUGAAGUUUAGUAAAUAUGGUUCGUAAUAUUUUGAAGGCGCUGGAGUUACAUGAACAUACCACUUUUUAAAGGCAAGUUCUGUGAAUUACAUUGUUAUACAGAAUGUGAGGCCUUCACAGCACUUUAUGUGCUGUUGGACUUCAUGUCCCCAACAUCGUUUGGUGAGGGCUUCAGGUACCAUUUCAGAGUAUCUGUAUGUUACGUCUCAGUGUGACACAAUGUUACAUGUAUUUAGAUUUGUUCUGUUUCAGGGUUUUCUUUGGCCACAGAAUAGAUCUUGAUUUAUUUCUGUACUGCUGUAAAAUUCAUUGUAAUAAAACGUGAUGAAAACU